AUGCAAACAGUAUCAAACGGCGCUAAGCAGAGCACUAUUACUACCGGCAUGAGGAUUGUUCAUGGAGAAGGUGUCAAAGGACUUUAUCAUGGUCUUACUGCUGGAUUUAUGCGAGCAUUGACCUAUGGUACAUCGCGCAUUGCUCUCUAUGAAGAAAUGAAAGAAAGUGCGAAGAAAUCCAACCAAACGCUUUCAACGCCCAUUCUAGGGAUUAUGGCCGCAUCAUCAGGGUUUAUCGGAGCUAUUUUUGGCACUCCUGCAGACAUUGCAAAUGUUAGAAUGCAAAAUGACGCCUCAUUUCCGCCGCAGCAGCGACGCAACUAUCGAAAUGUACUAGAUGCAUGGGCCCAGAUGAAGCGAACCGAAGGUUGGAGAUCAUUUCGGCAGGGGUUGUGGCCUAAUUGCUUUCGCUCUGGAAUCAUGACCGCAAGUCAGUUGGCUUCAUAUGAUUCAUUCAAAAGAUUAAUUCAGAAAGUAUGCGACACGGACGAGGAAAAGCCUUUAAUCCACUUCUCUGCUUCUCUGCUGGCGAGUUUGGUCGCAACUUCAAUUUCGAGUCCCAUGGAUGUCAUCCGAACCCAGUUGAUGAGUUCUUCAAAGAAUACUUCAGUUCUCGAGAUUAUACGAACCCUGAUGCACACUGAGGGUCCUAAGUGGGUUUUUCGUGGAUGGACCCCAAGCUUUGUCCGCUUAGGUCCUCAAACAAUUGCCACGCUGGUGCUGUUGGAGCAGCAUAAGAAGAUUUACCGCACGCUGAAAUCAUAG